UGAUUGCAAUAGUUUAUAUUGAUGUAGCUUUUGACGAUAUUUUAUUUUGUUUAAACAUUUAUUAUAUGCUGUUAAUGUUCUAAAAAUGCUAACUGAGAUGAAUGAAUGGCCCUGUUGGCUCCUGACCCCAUUUCAAGCUGUUAAUAUUCACUCAUCAACAUCUGCCGGUAAUAUCACACCAAGUGAUCAGUAGUUGCUGGUCCGUUUGGAUGUCUGUAAGACCUUUAGAGAUUAAAGGGUUUCCUUAAAAUAGGUCUUCUAAUAUCUUAUAUCUGCAGUGCAUGUCAAGAGUAGAGCGGAAGACUCAAACUGCUCUGAGCGUCAAUUAACUGAUUGGCAUCUGUUGCAACGCGCAUGCGCAGCAGCGCAGGCAUCGAACUGGGCUAAAGGUGGCGUCUCUGCUCCGCAUCGCUUUCCGCAAGCUUCUGUAUUUCUAGGUGAUUACACAGGUUGGCUCAGAUCCUGUCAAACCGGUGUGUGUCUGUGUGUGUGCGCGCGCGCGCGCACAGGAGUCUCAAUAAGAUGAUGUAUUGUCUCUCAGUUGACUGGUAGAGCAAGUUUCACAAGCAGUGGAUGUGCCUGGGAUAAAAGCGGCGAGCCCCACUCACCCCGCAGCAGAGACGGCGUCAACAUGCUGUACGUGUUGCUGGCCCUCGGCGCGCUGCUGGGUUUCUACCUCCUGCUCGUCCAAACUUUAUUCAAAGGGUCCAAAUGCCACGGGAAGCUACCGAUGGCGGGAAAGACGGUGAUCAUAACAGGGGGUAACACUGGUAUCGGCAGGGCGACGGCGCUCCGCCUGGCGGGUCUCGGGGCGCGGGUCGUCCUGGCCUGCAGGAACCAGGACAAGGCCCGGGAGGCGGCCUGCCACAUCCAGAGGGUGACGGGAAGUACAGAUGUGGUGUACAUGCAACUGGAUCUGGGUAGUUUCCGGUCGGUCCGCUCCUUCGCUGAGAGUUUCCUGAAGGCAGAGAAACGUCUGGACCUGCUCAUCAACAACGCUGGUCUGGUGGCCCACGGUCGCACAGAGGACGGGUUUGGCAUCGAGUUUGGUGUCAACCACCUCGGCCACUUCCUGUUAACAAACCUGCUGCUGGAGCGCCUGCAGGAAGGGGGCGGCGGGCGCGUGGUCACCCUGUCCUCCAUCGCGUACCGCUGGGGACACAUCGACUUCCAGGCUCUGUUGGAGCGGAAGGACCUGGGCACGGGCUGGUUCAGCUGGCAGUUCUUCUCGGCCUACUGCAACAGCAAGCUGUGCAACGUGCUGUUCACCCUGCAUCUGGCCAAGAGGCUGCAGGGCAGCAAGGUCACCUGCUACAGCGUGCACCCAGGGGUGGUCCGCACGGAGCUGUCCCGCUACGUGGGCCUGUGGCAGAAGGUGUUCAUCGAGCCCAUCGCCAGGCUGCUGUUCCUGGACCCGGCGACGGGCGCCCAGACCACGCUGCACUGCGCGCUGCAGGAGGGCAUCGAGCCCUUCAGCGGGCGCCACUUCUCCUGCUGCGCCGUGGAGGAGCUCACGCCCCGCGGCCGCGACCACGCCGUGGCCCAGAGACUCUGGGAGGUCAGCGAGCAGCUGUGUGGCCUGUCCUCCCCCUCCUGA